AUUUUACUUUAUCUGUGGGCGCCUCCAUUGGAGAAAAUGGCGGUUGUUGUAUAGUAAAAAUAUUUAAUCAAAUGAUCAUGUUUCUUUGACCACAUUUCAAUAGCAUCGCUAUUUAGAAUACCAUAAAGUAUUUAUUUAUCAUUUCUAGGCAAAACCAGUUUCUCUGAUUCGCUAAAAGUUGCUUGUGAUGGAGUUAUAGUUCAACGCCAUAACGCGGUUUUCGGCGGCGUUUUGUUAGUGAAAAAUAUUGUUAAGUGAACAAAUGUGUAGUUACUCGUGUACGUGUAGUAAACAUGCCUUGAUUAUAUUUAGAGACCCAGGUGUGAAUGUUCUUUAAUAACACUAAGAACCCCAGUGAUUUGUCAGUAAAAGUAAUGAACUUAGUUUACAAUGGGUGAAACGGAAGAAUUUAAUACGCUAACCUUUGAAAAGAAGCUUUUGCAGUUGAAAGACACUCAGGAGAGCAUCCAAGGGUUGUCAUCAUGGUGCUUGAAGCAAAGAGCGCACCACAAGAAAAUAGUGGCAAGCUGGUUGAAUGUGCUGAAGCGAGUAAAGGUAGAACAGAGACUCACGCUGUUCUAUCUGGCGAACGAUGUGAUCCAGUACAGCAAACGGAAAAACUACGAGUUCGUGGAAAGCUGGGGCCUCAAUUUGCAGAAAGCUACUCCGCUUGUGAGAGAAGAGAAAGUUCGGCAAAAGAUUCUGCGGAUAUUUAAAAUCUGGGAGCAGAGAUCUGUGUAUGACGAUGAGUUCCUCUCGGACCUGACAGGGCUGUUGAGUGCCGGCGCUGUUAAAAAGACUGAUGAUGAGGCUUUGGAUUUUCAACCUCAACAACUAGUAAAUAAAAUAAAGCAAUGUGCAGUAUUGGAGGCAGAUACAGACCUGAGGUUGAAAUAUAUCCAUGAGAGUCAUCUGCAGCUGUCCGAUGCUGAUGCUUUAUGUGCUAGUCUUAAGGAAUCUAUAUCAGAAGAUAAAAGUAAUAAAGAGGAUGUGGAAAAGGAGCUAAACGAGGGAGUGGGAUGUGUGGAGAGGUACACCCAGGCGCUGCAAAGAGAGAUAGUUGCUCGGGAAGCCUUGUUAGUGCUCCUCUCGUCCGCUAACCAGUACUAUUCUACUCAGAGAGGUGAAGUCAAAGUGGUUGCUUAUGCUUACAAGAACUUCGGAGCCCGCGUGCGAGCCCUAAAGCGGAAGCUGGACGAGCUAAUACCAACCUUACCCAGCGCCGCCCCUUCACCCCCGCAGAGAGACGAAGACGUCCCCUCACCCGGGCCCGAUGAGGACCUGGACCUGCCCAACGCGGAGGAUAAUGAUGUGUCCUACAACAUCGACAAGACAUUCAACACGUCGCUGUCAGCGGACGGCUCACUGUACAACAUGGGUCUGUCUUCGUUCCUCAACUCUGACAACGCGCUCGCGUUGUUCAACGAGAGUCCUCCUAGCGCGCCCAAUGUCAAUAAUGCCAAUAAAAUCGAAGUGAUAAAUUCGCGACCGAGCGAGAAUCAAGACUUCAAUAUCAACGAUUUCCUGAAAACGUUGGUGCCUAGUGAGAAUGUCGCUAAUUCAGAUAACAAUUCAGUAGCGAGUGGCACGAUGUCUCAAAAGUCUCAGGACGCGUUGCCGGGCUUAGAUCUGCUGUCGGACGGCGGCCACCCGCCACCACCUACCUCCUUCUAUGGCAGCAUAUCUAACAAUAUUGUUUCAGAAGAGCCUGAACCUUACCGGCCCGAGGCGCCGAAAUGGAAUAACAGCUCAUGGAGCAUGGUUCCGGCGCCUGUGCCCGUGCCCGUGCCCGUGCCCGUGCCGGUGCCCGUGCCCGCCCCGCUGCCCGUGCCCGUGCCGCUCCCGCUGCCGGCGCCGGGGCAGGGCGCGCUGCCCGCGCCGCCGCCGCCGCCGCGCGCCUUCGCCGAGGCGCCCGAGUCCCCGCCGCACAAGCCCGUGCUCAUACCCGAGAACCCUGUCUACCCUAGGCCGGCGCCGGUGCCCGCGCCGCCGUGCGUGCUGGUGGACCUGUGCGAGUCGCCGCCGCACGAGCCCGUCAUUAUACCGGAGAACCCCGUCUAUCCGAGGAAUAUUCCCCAAGUGAAAGACAUUCCCCCCGCGGACGUGGACCACCGAGGCAUCCUCCCCCCGCCACCGCCGCCGCCGGCUCUACCUAUUAUGGGCCACAUGGAAGACGUGGACCACCGACUCCUGCCCCUACCGCCGCCCCCCAUGCCCGUCACCACCGCGCCCUCCCGACACCCGGUACAACAAGACGUAGACCACAGGAACCUGAUCUCGCUCACGCACCAGGCGCCGCGCGCGGCGGCUCCGCGCCAGGUGGCGCCACCUAUCAACUUGGAUCAAGACUACAGAGUGCCGCCGAUGGUUCCACCUACCGACAUCGUGGAAAGCGUCGAUAUGGACUUGUCCGAGGAUGAGGACCAGCAGGGCAUGUUCCCCAGCCAGCCUGCGAACGACCGCCGCAACAGCUUCAACAACAACAAAGUACUCGUCGGCGGCGACAACGGCAAGCAACACAACCUGGUCCGCAUCAACAGCUCCGUCAGCGACCGCGGCCACAGGGACCCCAGCCCCCAGGGACCCCACCCCCCCCACCCCCCUCACUCCGCGCCCGCGCGCCCCAUGCAGAACCCCUUCGACAACAUGCCCCCGGACCUCAAAUACAACAUGCCCUUCCAAAAGUACCCGCAGGACUACGACGACAGAAACGCGGACUACGACAACAUAAACACAGAUUAUGACGACAGAAAUGCGGAGGGGGGCGACGCGUACGACGAGGACCUCCGAAGCCGGGGCCUCGAGAACCCCAACAUGAGGAACCCCUCCCCGCCCCACGAGGACUUCAGGGAGGAGUGGAACGCGCCCAGGUUCCCCAACAACAGGUACCCCAGGAACUGGACCCCUCGAGAGAUGAGGCCCAGGUUCAGUCCGCAGCAGUUCCGCGCGAGGCCGCCGGGCCGGUGGCCGGCUCCGAGGCCGCCGAGGUUCUGGUGAUGCGCCGCACCAAGUGGUAGACGUUCCUUCAACUUUGGCGUGAAAUUUAGCCGCGUUUUUGACGGUUGCGAGUAAUACACUUGUGAGAUGUAGUAUUGAGCGAAAUGACCUUGAAUCAGUGAAAACCGGUAUUAUUGUUGUGUAUCUAAAAUUACAAUGCGGUGGUUGUCAAAAAAAGAAUUCGCCUUGCGCUGAAUGUGGUUUUUUUAAUUUAUUAGGCUCCUAUGUUAUAUUUUAAUAGGUAUCUCUCUCGAAAGUCUAUAAAAAAAUCUAAAGUUUUAAGAAUUUGAUGCAAUCUUGUAUGAAAAUUAUAAUUUUAUGAAUUUUUUGAAUAAUUUAUUUCAUCAUUGAGUUAUGAGAAAUUUGUUAGAGUGAGGCCACACUGGUGCGUUGCGUUGCAUCGCAACAUAUAAACGUAUUAUCUAUCUAUCUAUCGCGUUAUUUCGUCGCAAGCGUUGACGCUGCGACGUUUUACAUAUAUUAAUGCGUUGUGACGAUGCAACGUAAACGCAACGCAACGCACCAGUGUGGCCUCACUCUUACUUACGUUCGAUCUAUCUAAUUUUGUCUAGCAUAAUACAGAAUAUAUCGAUAAAUUUCAACAGACAUGAAACAUCAAAUCGGUUACUCUACGAAAUUCCAAAUCUGUUAGUAUAUAAUUGGUAUUGUAGUCAUGACGCAAAUAAUCGACUUGGUUCUGUUUUUGGAGGUUUUUCAAUUUAAUAAUUGAUAAAAGUUCAAAAAUAACUGGAGCAAGUUGCAUUUUGUAAAUUUCUACAACAAUUGUUUGGCUCUUAAUUUUAUUAUUAUUUACGUUAUGUAUAUCGAUUUUUUGUUUGAAUUGACGACACUAUGAACUCUGCGGUUACAAUAUUAACAAUUCCAGUGGGCCGUUUAACAAACGCCUGCAACCUGUGAUACAACUGAAGUUUCUUUCUAACAAAUAUGCUCGUUAGAUAAUACUUUUUCUGGUGUGACAAUAAAACGGCUCAUAGGAAAAACAAUAACGUGUACAGAUCUCAUGGGGUAGUAUCGGACCAAGCUAACUCUGCAUAGACUGCGA